AUGGCUAAUUUCGCUUUCGCAGAGGCACCGGUGGGCAUGGUCGUCACACUACUUACCAGCGAAGGCAAUGGUGGGGGCAAAGGUGCAGACAUAAAUACCAGUAAGUUAUGGUGUAUUGGCUGGCGAUACUAUGUCUCAACUAUACUGCAAUUCCAAAUUUACCGUGGCAUGUGUCGCGUUAGCGGCCAGUAUGUACCCGGUGACCCUCGUAAACCACUGCAUCGUUGCGAUAUUUAUCGACAUCCUGAGGCAGGAAAUCUAUUGAAACGCAUCAUGGCCAAAGGUGCCUCCCAACCGUGGCAGCAGGUGCUUGAGGAAACACUAGGUGAGGGCCGCCUAGACGGCACAGCACUGCGUGAGUACUUCGCUCCAUUGGAGGAGUGGUUGCGGCUGGAGUCAUUGCGCACAAAUGAAUACGUGGGCUGGAACUACGACGGGGACUAUUGCAAGCGAAGCAUCGAAACGGCGAAUCUGCAAGUUACAGGUGGCUUCUACAAUGGAGCUCCUCGAUCAGAUGCUACGAAAUCAACAACACUUUUGCUAAUGGGAUGGCUUGUGGUUUUAAUGUGGCAUCGAAACUGAAAAAAGUAUUUGAAAAAUAUUGAGGGAAUUAUAAAUUUAGUGUAACGACCGUUCUUAGUUUUAUUUAGGGUAAAAACAACAUUUGUAAGAGAACUAAAAAUAAAAAGUUAACUGAAAAAAAUAAUAAAUAAAUAAAAAAUGUAAUAAUUCUUAAAUUAAUUCAGUGUUGAAAAUUUUUGUGUUAGUUGAAAAAAAAUUUUUAAAUGACAAAAAAAGUUCCCAAAAAUUUUUUCUUAAAACAAAAUUCUAUAAAAGUACUAUAUAUUAUACUAAAUAAUUAAAAAAAAACAUUUAAAGAAGUGUUAAAAAGUACUGGAGAUGUUUCACUAUGAGAAACUCUACCAAAAAACUCAACAUUACAUAAAUCUAAAAAUCAUUAAUUUUGUUUUUAAUUUUUUCUGUGUACUGUUUAUUACAAUCGAGCCUACGACAAUUUCCAAAAUACUUCUAGCACAAAUUGAAAAAUCUAUUUAGGAACUCACCCACUUCCAUAUUUUAUUCCACUUCUUUAUGCAAAUGACAAAUGUUGUGAAUGCCCUUAUUGUAUAUGUGUAUAUUUAUUUUUUAUACAGUUUUAAUUACUAAUUUUAAG